AAAACACUUUUUUUUUUUUUGUUCCUUCUUCCUGAGCUCCAAACUUUUAUUGUUGAGCUCUCAUCUGAAUUUGUGUGAAUUUGUGCUGUGAGGAAGGGACGGAAAGGGAAGACGUUGUGUGUGUGUGCCGUGGCUAAUGUCGUCAGGCGAGUGCAAUCUGAACACGACCGCCGAGCGGCUUCAGGACGGCGGCAUCCCUGCGACCCUCGCCAUCAACAUACCUGGAUUCGUGCUGCUCUUUGCCCUGUUCUGCUACUUUAACCGCGCGCCACGAGCGGCGGCGCAGACAUCUGAACGCGCGCCACUGCUGGACAGCCAAAGUCGGAGCUCGGCUGCGACGGCCACCGCGAGCACCAGCAGCAGCACCAGCACGCCGUCUGGCACGAGUGCAGCAGCAGCAACGCAGUACAGCAAGAAGCGGCCGAGCGCGCAGCGGCUGCUGUCGUACGACGAGACGGGCAGCUCAACCGGCCUGCUGGGACGCAGCCACGCUGCUGACGCUGACGCCGACGCCCAUGACCGACCAGCCAAUGCUGCUGCGAAUGCUGCGAAUGCUGGCGGCGGCAAUGGCAGCGCAGAGUCAAUGCUGCAAGACAGUCAAGACGACGACGACGACGACCAGCCUGACGAGACGGUCGUUGAGCUUGUCGACGAUCGCGACGCCCGCUUCUUCCAUGGCAUGGGCUACAUCUCAUGGAUUGGUCCGCUGAUCAAACGCACGGACGCCGAAAUGAGCAAGACCGCUGGCAUUGACGCAAUUCACUACUUGGUCUUCACCCGCGUCCUGCUCGUGUUGACCGCGGCGAUGGCCCUCCUGUCCACGGGCGUCGUGCUGCCAAUCAACUACCUCGCGUCAGACAGCUUCCACGGCUUUGCUGCAACCACCAUCUCCAACAUCCCGUCGAAUUCCAACAGCAUUUGGGUGCACGUUGUCUUUACCGGCGUUUACGCGUUUGGCACGUACUAUGCGCUGAGCCGCUUUUACGCAUGGGUGCAACGCACGCACCACCAGUGGCGCGUCGAGCGGCACGACACGGUCAUGAUUUCCAACAUUCCAAUCGAGGUGGGGCCCGAGAUUGUCCGACAGCAUUUUGGGUGGGCAUACCCUGAAGCAACCGUUCGGGACGUGCGCCUGGCCUACGACGUGCGGGAAAUUUCGUCCGUUUUCAAAAGGCUGCGCCAUGCUCGCCAUGCGCUUGAUCGUGCCGAGGGGCUGCGCCGACGCGACGGUGGAGACGGACCGACGUCGCGCAAGCCAAUGUUCUACGGCCCAGUCGUCAACGACAUUGAAUACUACCGCGAGGAAAUCCGUGCCCUGGAGGCCCAGGUGGAGUCUUGCAAACAGCGGCUCCAGGGCGCGUCGGCAGGCAUCGCGUUCGUGUCGUUCGAAGCACCAGAAAUGGCCGCAACCAUCAUUGCCCAACACCGCUCCGGCUGGCCCAAACACUCGAUGCACUCGGCUCUGCUCCGUCCGACGUCCUGGUUUGUGGAGCUGGCCCCGUUGCCGUCCGAUAUUCACUGGCCUGCCCUCGGAAUCAGCAAUUUCGCGUGGUACAUUCGGUUUUUGGUCGUCAACGCCAUCCUGCUGCUCUUCUUGCUCUUCUUUACCACUCCCAUCUCCCUCCUCUCCUCCUUGGAGCGACUGAGCAAAACAGAAGCCUUUUCGGGAAUCUCCGCCUCCAUCGCCGACUCGAGUUUCCUCACCAACUACCUCCCCACACUGCUGCUCUUCUUGUUUGCCCUGCUGCUCCCGCUCAUCAUCUUUUGGAGCACCGAGCUGGAGGAGCAUCGCACUCGAUCCAACAUGCACUUGUCUCUGGCGCGCAAGACCUUUGCCUACCUGGUCAUGUCCAUCCUGAUCCUUCCUGGGUUUCUGCUCACGAGCGCCGACGCCUUCAUUGAAAUCACCCUCGGCAAGAACGAAAGCUUGGUCGACAAGUUUGAGUGCGUCUUUUUACCCGACAAUGGCGCGCUGUUUGUCAACUACCUGCUCAUGGCUUCGCUGCUGGGUAUUCCGAUUGCCAUGCUCAACUUGCUGCCGCUCUUGGUUUUCAAGUACCGCGUGUGGCGCGCAGUGACAGCUUCGGAGCUUGCACGAGCCCAGCGGGCGAAAAAGCAAACUUUUUCCUACGGCGAAGAGUAUGCACGACUGGCGGCCAUUUUUUGCAUCGUUCUCGUGUUUAGCACCACCUGUCCCAUCAUUACCGUCAUCGGCGUCGUCUACUUUGGGCUCAAGUACCUGUCGGACAAGUAUGCACUGUGCUUUGUGCACAACCCCACGUUCACGAGCGACGGACGGCUCAUCAAGACCUCCAUCAACUUUAUUCUCGUGUGCGUCGUGAUAUUCGAGAUUAUUGUGCUCGGCUUUUUCAUUCUCAAGACGGAGGCAGCCUCGCCGAUUUCGCGCACGCUGCUGAUUGUGCUUGUCCUCACCCUCUUCCUCAUUGCGCUCAAAUUCUUCAAAGUCAGCUGCUACCCGCUGGUUGGCUUCCGUCCGCCCUCGAAGCAAGAGCGGAUGGCGCGGCAAUUGCGCGCUCCCGAGCAACCAAACGGGGCUCAGUCCGUUUCAGUGGCCGGCAGUGGAGUGAUUCCUCCGGCCGACGCCGACGAGGAUGCCCCAAGCGAUGUCGGCUCGGAAUCCGAUGACGACUUUAACGCAGAUUUGGCGUUUGCUGCGUCCGACGAUGAGGAAGACUAUGUCGCCCAAAAGCAGCAACGGCAGGCUCGGCAGCUCCAGCGUGCCGCUCGCCGCCAUGCCAAGGAGCAGCAGGAAGCCGAUAUGGCUGCCUCCGCCGCCGUGACUUCACGAGAGCACGAGCGGCCUUACGUUCCUCCAUUUAUGCUGAACUGGAGUGCCAAGGGCGAGUGGUCAUCGGAGCCCCGUUGGGAAAACUUUGGGGCUCAACAGCGUCCAGCGCAGCAGAUCCGGUCUCCCCCGCAGCCUGUCGUCACGACUCAACCCGCCAGCCGCGAUCUCACAAGUCCAGUUGUCAUUCCCCGUGACGACUCCCACGCAGAUGCGCACGAGUUGCAUCCCGAGUAGUGCGAGAGUGUUAAUUUUUGUUGAUGACGUAUGUUUUUGGCUUUGACGAGCGAUUCGUGCUGUCUUUGGUGCACAAAUUUGAUGAUUACAUGUUUUGAUGAAUGCAUGUUUUGAGGAAUAUAUGUUUUGAUGAAUA